CAAUAUGUUUGUUGAUUUUGCAUUAUAUUUGCUAAUUCAUAUUAAUUUACAAUGUAUUGUCAAGUUUGGUGAUUUUGGCUUGCUGUUAGGGUUUGUGAAGUGAUCAUCUGGAAAAGAUAUUGAAACUUUUUAAUAAAUUUAUUUAUUUAUAGAGUAUCAUAAACAAUGGUGUGGAAAUAAGUUUAGCCAACAUCUAGAGAAUACCUGUUGAUAAAUCUCCCAAAAACAAGCAAGAUAAACAGAGAAACAACAAACUGAAGCACCAACUCUUAGUAAAUGCUCACCAUUAUUGUUUCAACCCAUCUACUAAUUUAUCCCAUGUAUGUUCUGGUACCUUGCCAAAUAUAUAUAUUCAUGGUAUGUGAUCAACGACACAUACACUAGAAUAGGUGAAUUUGUGGCACCCAAAUUUGUGGAAACAGGACUCUGCUAUCAGUGAGCAAGCUUCAUGUGCUAGAAUUAAACUGUUUGAAACAUAGUCUUAUCAUAUCUAAACAAACUCCACCCCUCCUAUAUUGCAGGUUGCAUUAAAACUAUAAUGCUCGCCAAAUUUUCCUUAUUCAAUUGAUGCGUGUUGAUAGUAAAUAAGCAAGGUUUUGAUUUCUCUUAUUUUUCGUGGUUGUUUUUUUUGGGUAUAAUAAUCACUUAUUCUGCUUCAUUUUUUGCUCUUCUGAUUCUUAGCCUUUUCUGCUAUUUCUCCUAAUCGUUAGUUCUAUCAGAUGAAAUUUGACAGCACAAGAAGGUUUAAAUUCUUUACAUUUUCAUUAUAUGUCAUGCUUGUUUAAUGGAAAUCAACCACAAAUAGUGAUGCCCUCUUUCUCACAUUUCUACUUUUAGUUACAUGGCCUAAAAUCAGUUAGCCAUGGAAUUGGAAUCUUUCCUUCACGGCCAAGAUUUGUUUCUUUGCUUUACAUGGUAUGUGCUUCCAUCAGAUAUUGAAGUGUGGUUCCAUUAGAUCUCUGCUUCACUUCUGCAACCCAAUCUUUCCUUCACUGUUAAUUGCUAUUUCUUCAUCUUUUUUCAGCCCACUAAUGUCUAGGUCAUUUCUGUUUUAUCUUCUCUUAAUUGUCGUGGUUAUUUUUUAGGGUAUAAUAAUGUAUCAACUAUGUAAUGGUUUGGUUCAGCCUAACACUUGACUUAUUGCUUUUUCAUCUGCAUUUGUCUUUCUAUUUUCUCCGAUUUAUCAAUUUUCUUUCUUUUUUGCGUCGCUUAAUUUUGAGAAAAGAAUUGCAAGGUGACUCUAAUUUUGUUUGCUUACUUUUAGUUUUCUCUUUCAGCCAUUUCAGAUCUGAAGUUGUCUUGAUGAUUUCUUUCAGUUUUUGUUAGAGAUUCUUUUGUGAAGCUUAAACAUUUGGCUCAAAUUUUGAUGCAUUCUCUCCGCUACAUAGUUGUUCAGUUGAUUCAUUCAUUAGUUCUUUGCAGAUUUUCCUAUUGCUUACAUGAUUUGGAUCAUGAUAUGGGGGAGUACGCCUAGGUUUUUGAUAACACGAGCUUCAAGUUUAGGGAAUCGGUUCAAUUCCAGUGUCGUCUUUACUGUUCCAUUGUCUUGUGCGUUGGGUUGAUGCUUAGCUUCUCUGUUCUAAUGCUAGGGAGAUAGUUAUUGGUGCUCCAUUUCAGCUUUAGUCUGCAUCUCAGGCAAGAUCUCGGGUUUAUGAUUGCUCUGUUAUUUCAGCAUUGAAGAUGGUUCUUAUUGCGGCUUUUUCUUGCGGGUCAUACUCUCACAGAUCACUAUUUUUUUUCAUGGCUGGAUUCUCAAAUGUUUCAUGAUUUUAAUUAAUUUACUUGGUUGUUUUGUUUCAGCUAUUGUGUUUAGAUACUGCUUUAUGUUGUUUUUCUUGAACAGUGUAAAACUAAUGUUCCUUAAAAUAAUAGGAUGUUUAGAACUAAUUUAAAGUGUUUCAUCAAGAUGAGAUGUUUCUGCUUGAUCCUCUAAGACAUCAAUUUCCAUGCUUAAUUAUGUUCCUUAAUAUAAUAGGAUGUUUCUUGUGGCCUUUAGAAAGUGUUAUUAUGAUAAAGUUGUUAAUUUUGUAUGACACUCAUAGAGGUCUCAUAACAAAGCUUAAAACAGGUUUCCAAACGGAUAUAAAUGUUUUAAAGAUCAAGCAACAAAUAUUAGUUACCUAAGCUCCCAAAUCUAACGGCAAAGUUCUAUGUUUAUAAAUAAAUUCUUUAAAAGCAUCCUUACUUUUUAAUGAGCAUUAGCUUUACACUUAUAUUCUACCCUUGAAGUCCCUUACAUUCGUCUAUGUUCUUCUAUGUUUCUUCUCUCAAUUUGUUUGAAAUUUUAUUAUUUUAUACAAACAAAUUCCCCGAAAUUGAAGAACAACAAUAGAUACAGCUGAAUUGAAAGAAGGCAAUACAUAAACAUGAAUAUAAAAGGAAAAAUUGAUUCUAAUAAUCCAACCUUUUGGUCAUUCGCUGAAAAUAAUCCAACCUUUGGAUUAUUAUUUAAUAAUCCAAGCUUUUACUUUUUUUAAUUUUUAGUGCACCUAACAGGUAAAUUACCUAGAGAAGCAGGUAACCAACCCACGUGGCAUAUUACCGUUACUUUCAUGAAUCCAACCUUAUUUAACUCUCUCUCUCCCCUGAAUCUUCUUCUUCCUCUAAUUUCUCCAUUUCCCCACCCCUUGUAAAAGCUUCUCCUCUGAUUUUUCUUUUUUUCUCCUUCUUAAUCGACCAUAUUGCGAAAUUGAAGGGAGGAAUAUGCGUAGGCCAACAGCUGGUUCUGGGUGUUCCUCACAUUCCAGGGGUGCAAGAGUGAAGUGUAGAUGUGGAAGAGAUGCUGUAGUGCGUACUGUUAAGAAUGGAACUAACAUUGGAAUGAAGUUUUAUGGUUGCCCUUUAUGGCCUGACACUAAGUGCGAUUUUAUGAAGUGGAUAAUUGACAACAAUGAAGAUGAUGACAUGCGUUAUCAAUUACUUCAGAAGGAGAACACCAUAAGUGAACUUGAGCAUGAGAAGAAGUUGUUGGAACAGAAAAUCAAGAAACUGAAGUUGCAAAGGGAGAUGAAAAGUGAUCUUUGUGAAAUGCGUAUGGAGUUGAUGAAGAGUUCAAGGAAGGAGAAAAAUCUGACAUUUAUGUUGGUUUUAUCUUGGCUUGUAUUUGCAAUUGUUGUAGUCUAUAAUAAUUAGACAAUGAAAGCACUUUAAAUUAGGUUGUAAGUAAUGCACUGUGGUUUGAUUAUGAAAGCAAUGAAGGAAGUUAGCUUACUUGAA